AUGCUCUACUCCUGCCUCUCCUACCGAUCUGCAGGCAUCUCCGUCUUGUUUCUGUCCCCGGCAUCUCUGCUGUGCCUGGGGUUUGGAGGCAGAGCGGACUUGCAGGUAACCACCAUAUUCUGUCUUCCCUCAAAGCCUGAAGAGGACCAAAGAUUGAUUUACUCUGGGAAGCUGCUGCUUGACCAUCAUUAUCUGAGAGAGUUGCUGCUGAAGCAGGAGGAAUUGCAUGCUCUUCAUUUGGUAUACAACCUCAAGACUCCUGUGAUCGCACAAGAAACUGAUGCAAAGAUUAAAACUGGUCAGCCCAAGGUAUUGCCAGAAGCUAGUCAAGAACCUUCUGUGUCUUCCUCAAAUGGUGAAAGACGGAGGGGCUCUUCUGACAACCAGUCUUCAGUGGAAGCCGGUACCAGGCUUGAAACAACUCAGCAUCCUUUCCAAAGUGUGGCUCCUGGGUUUUCUGCUUACACAACUUACAGCAUGCUUCAGAUGUCGUGGUUUCAGCAGAUUUAUGCAAGACAAUAUUACAUGCAAUACUUGGCUUCUACUGCUGCAUCUGCUGACCCAUCCCAUGCACAGCGUUCUCAGGAGAUACCAGUGGCACCAGUGACAUCACCGGCUCCUCUCCCAGACCAGUUUCCUGCACAAAAUCGGCCUGGAAACCAGAACGUUGCUCCGCAGGUUAACCCAGUGGCCAACCAAAACCUACGAAUGAAUGCCCAAGGGGGUCCGCUCAUGGAGGAAGAGGAGGAUGGUGGCAAUCGAGAUUGGUUGGACUGGCUCUACUCAGCAACACUGUUCUAUGUCUUUGUCAACAUCAUCUAUUUCUACUCUAGCGUCAGCAGAUUUAUCCUGGUUAUGGGUGGCACUGUUUUGAUGUAUCUGCAUCAUGUUGGAUGGCUUCCAUUUAGACGAAGGCCAGUUCAUCCCUUCCCAAACAAUGUUCCUCCUCAAGCUGCUGUAAACCAGGAUCAGAACAAUAAUUUACAGCAAGAAGAAAAUGCAGGCGGAGUAGAUGAAUCAGCGGCCUCUUCUGAGGAGGGACAACUUUUACUAGAAUACCAGCAGGCCAGCCCUUCGUUUAUGAGCACAGCAUGGCUUUUUUUCAAGACUUUUUUUGCAUCUCUCCUUCCAGAAGGGCCUAGAGGAGUCCGUAACUAACUGAUUUGACACGAGUCUACUUGUCUGAAGCUUCAGCAAGUUUUAAUCUACCUGAUUAAAUCAAAUUCCGACUCCAAAAUAUGAGUGAAAAUAGAAGGCGUUUUCUCUGGCUUGCAUUGACCAAGCAAACGGAGCUGCAAAAAACCUUUAAGUCAUUACAGCAUAGAGACCGAGAUGUGCUGUGCUUGUCUUCAUUCCAAAGAACUUCAUUCUGUAGUGUAAUAGGUUCCUAUGUAGAAGCUUGGCAUUGUAAACCUGUGCAUUUAAUGCACAGGCUCUAGGCAGGUGUGUACAGAAAUGUAAGAGAAGCAGAUUGCUUCUUCCAGUACAAUCUGAUUCCUGUUGGAAUGUUUCAAAUGCUAUUUAAAUUACACUGAGUGUAGUAUCUCAAAACAAUAAAUUGCUAGAUAUGCAUUAGCAGACUUUUUUAGGGAGGAUUUAUUAAAUUGCUUCAAUAACAGCACUUAAUCUUAAAUUUUCUGUGUAAAUAUUUUUCCAUGAAAGACAUACAGUGCAAGUUCCUUGUUUGAUAAAGCAGAGAAAUGGAAGACAGUGACCUCUUGAUAAGCGAUUAUCUGUGGGUCAGCUGAGUUACAGGUUAAACUUCCGGUUGUCAAAUUCAGAUACUUUAAAAUCAAGGUCUAUCUUUUCUACUCCCAAAUCAUGGGAGAAAAAUAAAUGCACUCAAUUCUAGAUAUCAAGAAUUUAUUUCAUACAGAUUUCUUUCACUGAUUUUGGUUAUAAAAUUAAAACCAUCUGAAGUUCUGUGUUCACCUUAGAUGCAUUUCCACUCUGGAGCAAUUUGUUAGUAGUUUUUCAUUGUGUUGCCUUUCAUUUCUAAUAAAGUUAAGGCCUUCAAUAAAACUUGCAGGCAUUUAGUACUUGCAUGCACUCAACAACAAUUUGGAAAUAGCCUGUGCUUUGCACAGGUAGUACUCUUGACUUGUUUUUGGUGGAAAAAUUAUAAGUGAGCUGCAAUGUGAGUUGAAAAGGAUGCUUGCAAAUAUUUAAACCUUUUACCUGAAUAUAUUCUUCAGCAGCCUUUAGUAUUUUAAGUGCCUUGGAUGGCUUUCCAUGAGCAAACAAUAGCUGUAGGCACAAAGGUUGUGGACGUUCUUGAAGCAAGGAAUUCCACAGGUAUUUGGAAAGCUUGGAAUUUGAUCCCUUUGGUGUAGUGUGUGACUUCUGGUGGCUUUGCAAUGCAUUAUCUUAGCUCAGGGAUUAAAUUUAUCUUCAAACAUGCUGUGUCUAGGGACAAUAGUCAAGAAACUCUCGCACCACUUUUCCUUAGUACUGCUUGCAGAUAGAUGGUAAAACUGCUAACUAUUGUGCAUGAGUUUGUGUACAAUCAAUUUUAACUGCUUAAUCUGUAAUGCCUGAUCUUGCCAUUUCGGAUUAGACCGACAUUAAACAUGGUUUGUCAGUGUUA